AUGGACCAGCCACCAGCUCCGCACACCAUCCUCAGGGUGACUGUUGGCCGAUGGGGGUGGCAUCCAGCCGAGCCCCCGCUGGGAGAACAGGCACCAAGCCUGCGGAAGCCCCGGGUGCUUGGGACACAGCUGGGUGGGGGUGCGGGGUGCCCGAGGAGCUGUGGUGCCCUCACAGGCGCAGCGGUCCCCAGCCCGCCUUGGCUUCCUUUCCCACCAACGGCUGCUCAAACCACCCCAGGGCCCAGCCAGCCCUGCCCCACGGGGCCUGCGAAGCCGGGCAUCGUGGCCAGCGGGACCUUCCUGUGGGAAGCUGGGCGCUGCCACCGGUCAGGGGAAGACGGGGAGGGUAGGCGGUCUCAACCAGUCUCCCUCCUUCCGGGGCCCGGCCCCUCGAUCCCCACCUUCUCAUCCAGACGGGGGUGGCUGCAGCAGACCUGCUUCACACGGGUUUUUGGAAGCCUGACUCUCCUGUCUGCCCUGUGUGGCUGUUCUGGGGGUCCUGCCAGCCCACCUUUACCAGUGUGGACCCCCGUGGUCAGCCUUGCCCUGCCCAACCUGGGCUCAGCCCCCUCCACAGCACAAGUCCUCCCUGGUGGAUGCUUUCUAGAACACGCUCCCGGGUCAGAACACCAGGGACUGGUAGCUUCCACUCCAGUCCUGAGCUCCCCAGAGCCGCCCCACAGUACCAGCCAGGGUGCCCCGUGUUUCCUGGGAAAGGAGAAAGUUCAGGUGGGUCCUUGGACCCAACUCCAUCUCCCCCAGAGUGGGCUUUGGGGACAGUCACAUGAGCACAGUUGGGUGGGGGGUUCGGGGUGUGGACCCCAUGGGCUCAUCUCCCACCUGCGGGCUCCCAGCUGCUCCUGGCGGCCCUCCCCGCCCCACAUCAGCGUGGACCCAGGCUCCCUGCACGCGACUGUCCUUCCCAGAAGCCUGCCCUGCCCUGCCCUUCCUCAGCCUGACCUGGCAGAACCCAUCUCUCAGCCAGCACUAAGGCAGUCCUGCUCGGGGCACAGGGGACCCGGGGGGCAGCCUGGACGCACAGGACCUACCUCCACUGGGGCGCGUUCCGGGGCUGCGGAGAGGAUGGGCCUGGGAGCCGCUCCAGUGGUGUCCACGGGGCUGGCAGGAAGCGGAUCCGCGUGGGCCCGCCAGGCCCCGCAACUCGUCUGCGUCCUGUGCUCAGAGAGGGUGGCAUCCGGCUCCUGGCAGGCGGCCAGGAGCAGGGCUGGAACAGACCACGGUGCCUCACAGGGCUGACAGGAGCUGAGGCAUCGCCUGCCUGAAACAGAGAAGACCCCCCGAGGUGGAGCCGAACCCAUAAAGAAACAGUGCUGGGAGGAGACCCCAACAGUGUGUCCGGACCAAGCAGGGAGCAGGCGGAUGGAGUGCGGAGCCCCCUGGGCACACAGCCCCCUCGGUUCUCAGAGGGCGUGCGAGGCCUCAUCCACACAGCAGUGACCUGGGGUCUCCGGACCCAAGCCAGGUCACCAGACGGCUCUGCGUGGGCAGGUCCCCGGGGAGGAGCCCCGGACAGAGGUGACGCCGUCCACUCCCUGUUGGGGGGGUCUGAGCCAAGCAAGGCGGGCGCAGCCGCAUGGAGGCCCCUGGAGACCAGGCGGAGCCCACAGCCUCCCCUGACUGCCUCCCUCCACCUGCCUCCCUCGGGUGUGAGGUCCAGACUCCCCAAGUCCGCACGCUGCCAGUGGGCCCUGCCGGAUUCACCGCUCAGCCAAGCUGCCCCCUCUCACGCCACCAGCAGGACGCUCAGUUCUGCCGCCGACACCUGCUGGGGCCGGGCCAACAGCGACCGAUGGGCGCCGCCUUGCUCUCCACGGUCAGGCCUGGGUGGGGUGGGGGCAGGUAGUGGCCCGCUCCCUCCCCGCUGGUGGCCACACUCCCUCACUCCCCACCAGCAGCUCAGACCUGAGAACAAAUCUGUGUCCUCUGGUUUUAGGCACGAAACCAGAAGCAAACGGUUAGGCAUGCCGAGCCCUCCCGUGAGGCUGGCAGCCUGGAGCCCCUGCCGCCCUCGGUAUGCCCGCCAAGCUCCGGUUUCUCCUCCCGCCUGUUUUAUAGACGAAGCUGAGCCACAGGGACCUUGGUGACCUCCCCGACCUCAGCGGCGUGGCCAGGACGGCGCACAGCCCAGCUCUCUCCUCGAUCCUGACCCUGAGCUCCAGCCCCGCUUCCAGCAGGAAACGACCAACAAGAACGGGAACCCUGGGCCCCAGACGCCUCCUCACCCAGGUUUACUCCCGGCCCCGCAAGGACAGCAACGGUGAGCUGUGAGCUGCUCAGCCAGGCCCAAGCACGGGCCCCGUCCCCGUGCCCCACCCUAGGGUGGCCUGAAGAGAAGGGGCCUGACAGAAGCUGGGGCCGCCAGGGACUGGAGGGAAGCCGUGGCCCCUCCGUGGGGGCGGCUGGGUCCUCGGGCCUCUCCGUCAGCCUCGGGGCGCCAGCCUUCCCCCCGGCCUAACCAGAGGCCUGUGUGUGGUCUCUGCUGGCUGCAGAGGUAGGUGCUGGGGGAGGGUGUGGCACGCUGCUCAUCCCAGCUUUCUGAGAGUCAAGUCAGGAGGAGCCCCAGCCAAGGCCGGCACCUGGGGGGGGCAGUGUGACCGGCGGCAGCAGCUGGGCCGCAGCGUGUAGCUGCAGACCCCCCAAGAGAACCUGCACCCUGAUCAGUGCGACGCUUGGCGCCACCACCCAGGCCUGAGCAACGGGGUUUUGGCAGUUUGGUCUGGAACUCUCUGACCAAAGAGACUUUCCAGUCCGCUUUCCAUCACUGAUGACCCACGCCCCCCACAACCCCUCAGGAAGCCCCUGGCUAACUGGGCGGGUGAGAGGCGGAGCCGCAUUCUGCGGGAGGGAGGGGGCACUGGGCUCCCUGCUCAGGGGUCUGUGAGUCUCAGCCGUCAACUGACCGAGAAGAGGGACGGUGGUGGCUUUCCUUGAGCUGCGGCGCAGAUCACGAGGACCACGUACGUGUGGCCUCCUCUCCAGACCUUCCUGGGUGCUGGCGGACUCCCCCAGGGACAGGAGAACACAGCUCCUGCCACUACCUAUCACCUCCUGUGGGAGGACGCGGGGAAGGCACAGCCAGCUAAGUCCGGUCUGCUGACGCUCCGGGGGGGCACGGCACCCCCGCCCCCAGCACAGGCACAGGCCGGCAUGGCCGGCCCCAGGUGUGAAGACUGUCAUUUGCUCAGUACCAGGAAAAUCAUGGUGCAGACACAGAUCCACGCUGCCCUUUACAUAGCUGUCUGGCCAUAAACAUAGAAAACAAGGGCUUCCACCCUAAGGGAGGCUGAAGAGCCAAUGACAGCGGCCGCUGCCCCUCCAGCCCCAGAACACGAGCCCAAAACAAGGUGCCGCUUAACACACCACAAGCUUCCCGGGGCCCAGACCCCGCUCCUCAGCCCAGCCUGUUCCCAGGUGGCGGGUCCCAGGGGAGCCUCAGCCGCUGGAACCCCCAGGACACGCUGCGAGACCAGGUCUCACCCUGCGUCUAGAUCCUUCUCUUCACGAGGGUAACGUGCUGCCCUCAGGACCAGAUGUGUCACCGAAUUUGGAACAGUUCAGGAGUUAGAAAGGUGAUGAGAUGCACAGAAAUCUGCCAUGUAAGAGCUAUAGUGUGGUUCACAGUGGAGCCCAGAGCCCACAGGUUUAAUAGGGCUUUGCCCAGCCUUCUAGAAGGUCAGAGGUCAACCACCGUCUCAUCUCUCCCCAAGCAGGAGGUGCCCUGGGGCGAGCUCCGGGGUGAGAUCAGCGCUGUGCCCACAGGCAGACCCCAUGCCUUCCAGAACAUGUCCCCACGGCCGGCCUGCCCCUCCCUUUCUGGGGGCGCGCCGAGUAACGCCCACACACUGCCUCCCCGGCCAGCUCUGCCCCGCCGCCUCGGGCAGCCCCGCUGCUCGCCCCGCUCACCCCAGCACCUGGCCGCGGCCUCAGCGCUCGCCUGCUGCUCUCCCGCUCUGCGGCUCCACUCCUGGCGUCCUCAGGCUUCCUCUCAGCCCCACAUGGGGGGCAGCCCCCAGGCUUCUGCCUCUAGCCUUGGCUGCUCUCUCUGGGCCUGUGCUCUCGCCAAAGCCUCCCAUCCUCACGGCUGAGACCACCUCCUUCACACCUGCAGAAUACAGACCUAACCCCUCAGCCUGGUGCAUAACCUGCAGGGCCCAGGGCAAAAUGAAUGCACAGCCCCUCUUAAAAAGUUUCAAGAAUCUCAGAACAACAAACUAAGAGGAGAGCAUUAAACCGAGACAGGGCCCUUCUGAGCAGGGUUCCCGGAGUGACAGUGGGACGCUGACUCUGCCUUCUUCCCACCCUAAUGCUGCUGUUCCACCCAGCAACGCUCUUUCUAGCCAUGCCCCCAGGUCCUCUGAUUCUUCCAGGCUCCCAAUCCACAAAUUCUGGAGUCUCUGUGAAGGGAUAACGCAGUCAAGAAGAACAGUGGGUUGUUCUCUCCCCCGUGGCUCGCACAGGAACUCUGGGCUCGAAUCCUGCCCAGCUCCGCUUCUGCACUCCCCACCCUCCUCCCCUCUGCCUCCCGUACCCCCUCCCUGACUCCCCCGUUCCUGGAACUCCCAGGAGCACCUCCCAGCAGCGCCCUGGGACCCGUCACCAUCUCAGAUGGGCGUCUGCUGCUAACUGGAAGCCCUGUUUCUUCCCCAAGGGCAUCAUGAACUCACAAGGACCAAGAUUCCAGUUUGUUCCUCUUCUUACUUGCCAACCUUUGGCACUCUGCUGGGAGAGAGAUGUCCGGAGUACAAGUGACUCCCCAGCAGUCACAAUGCACCUGGCUUCUAUUAGCUCCAGAAAGACCAGAUCCCACAUCCCCUUCUCAACUAUCCCUUGCCAGGCCCACAACUCUGAGGGACCCAAUCCCUGCUGGACUGCAGGGCAGAGGGGGCCUGAAGUCUGGCGUAUCCCUGGCACAAAGAGCAAGCCUUGUGCACCAGAAACUGUGGCCUAAGAUUGAGUGCUGAUCAAUACACAUUUUCAGGUAGAAAAUUACCUGAAGCUGGAGAAAGAAGCCCCAGGAAGGCAGGAGACUGACUGACACUGAGAACUUACGCGAAGCUGGGAAGAACUCCUGCUGCCCCAGACAGAGUGGAAAGACUUUGGUGGACUGCUUACAAGGGCAGUGCCUCCGUCAUGGGCAAGUCAGUCCUAAAAGACCUCUCUGGAUCUGUCCUAACACUUUAAAAGCAAGACCCAAACUAGAACAACUGCAAAUAACCCCAUGCCAAAAUGAAAUCCAGCACUUUUUACAUGAGUACAAAAUCCAGCAUUCAACAAAGUGAAAUUCAUAGUGACUAGCACUGCAAUAAAAAAGCUAGAAUUCUAUACCCAAUGAAAAUAUCCUUCACAAAUGAAGUACAAAUGUGUUUUCAGACAAGCAAAAGCUAUCAGAAUAUAUUGUCAGCAGACCUGUAAUAUUACAAAUUUAAAGUUCUACAGGCAGAAGGAAAAUACCAAAAUGCAGAUUUUUACAAGAAAAUGAAGAGUGAUGGAAUCAACAAAGAUUUUGGUAAUAAAAGACUUUCCCCCCAUUUCAUCUCUUAAAAAGAAAACUGCCUAAAACAAACUCAUGUGUGCAAGUAUAAAAAUAAAAUGACAACAAAAGAAGAGGAAAAAAAUUGAAGUGUAGAGUUGUAACAUUAUAUUCUAUAAGGAGCAUUAAGGUAGAUUACGUUUGUAUAAAAUCAGUCUACCAUACACACCCACACUGCCCCCUCAACAGCAACCACUAAAAAACGGAGAGAGGCAUAGCCAAUUAGCCAAUAAAAAGUGCUAGUUAAACCAAAAGAAGAUGGUAAAUAAGAGAAAAACAAAGAUGAGUCAAGUAGAAAACAAUUAGAAGAUAGAUUUACACUCAACUAUGUUGACAAUUACACUAAAACUAACUGGUCUGAAUAAAUCAGUGGUCCCCAACCUUUUUGGUACCAAGGACCAGUUUCGUGGAAGACAAUUUUCCCAAAGAUUGGUGAGGGGGCUAAGGGGGGAUGGUUUCAUGAUGAUUCUCAUAAGGAGCACGCAACCUAGAUCCUCUGAGUGUGCAGUUCACAGUAGAGUUCACACUUCUACGAGAAUCUAAGUCUACGAGAAUCUAAGGCCACCACUGAUCUGACAAGAGGAGGAGCUCAGGAGGUAAUGUGAGCGAUGGGGAGCGGCUAUAAAUACAGCAAAUACACUUGCUUGCUCACCACUCACCUGCUGGUGUGGCCCUUUUCCUAAAGGACCACAGACUGGUACCCAUCUGUGGCCCAGGGGUUGGGGACCUCUACUUUAAAUAUAAGGCAAAGACUUGCAGACUGGACAGAAAAGCAAGACCCAGCUACAUGCUUUCUAUAAAAGGACUGCCAAAAAAACCCCUAAACUCUCAUUUUAAAUAUAAAGAUACAUAUAGAGCUAAAAAUAAUAUAGAGCUAAAAAUAAAAUAUACUCCCAUAAGUAUAAAAGAAAAAAGAGAACGGCUUUCUCAUUAUCAUACAAAGCAGACUCCAGGAUAAAGAAUUAUUUACUAGGGAUAAAGAGGAACACUUCCUAAUGAUGAAAGGGAUCAAUUCAAGAAGACUUAACAAUCUUUACUCUAACAACAGAGUUUCAAAAUUUGUAACAUGAAACUGAUAGAAUUAAAAGGAGAAAUGGGCAAAUCCACAAGUGCAGUUGGAUGUCAACACUCCUAUCUCAGUAAUUUAUAUGGGGCAGAAAAUCGGUAAGGAUACAGAAGACGUGAAUACCAUUACCAACCAACUUAAUUACUGACACGUACAGAACAUACGGAACACUGCAUCAACAGCAGCACUUCUCAAGUAAUCACAUAAGCAUUCACCAAGACAGGCCAUUGGUAAGGGCCAUAAAACGAAUUUCAGUAAAUAAAAAAAACCUUAAGUUGCACAAAGGACAACUUCUGACUAAAACAAUUAAACUAGAAAUUAGUAACAGGAACUUAUGUGGAAAAUCCUCAAAUGUUUGGAAAUUAAACCCCUUUUAAAACAUGACAUGACUUAGCGCUUAGAAGGAUCACUCACAAUGCUGCAUGAAGAAAAGAGACAAGGGCAAAAUUGGUGAAACUCUUUAAGAGGCAAGUAAUGAUGGUGUCAUGGACCAGAAUGUUAAAAGUGGAGGCAGUGAGGUGUCAAUAUUUGAAUGAUGAAUAAGAUGUGCUGAUGGAUUAGAUGCUGGGAUCAAAGAGUGAGUGUUGACACCAAGAUAUUUGACUUGUGCAGAACAAAUGAAGAUUCAAAGUUGUCUUAUGAGAUGGGCAGCAUUAGGAGGGUAAAGGUUUGAGGGGGAUUAGGAAGGCGUUCGGGACUUGUACAAAUUGACUUGCUUAUCAGACGCAUCCAAGGAGAGAAAUCAAAUGGGUAGUUGGGAUCUGGCGUUCCUGUGAGAUAUGGGGGCUAAAUAUAUUUUGGGCUUUCUGUCAGCACAAAGACUGAAUGGGAUCAUCAGGAGACUGUGUGUAGAUACAGAAAAGAUCCAGAAUUGAAUCCUGUGGUAUUCCAGGUUUAGCAGUUGGGAGACUGUGGAGCUAACGGAUUGAAGAGCAGCAAGGGAGAAGUCGGGUCCUGAGCAAUGCAAAGUUUGCAAGGACGAUUCCUUAUUAAAGGCUAACGUGGGACUGGAACUCACCACUGGAUCAGGGUUUGUCUGGCCGAGGCUGGGCAGAAGUUGAAGAUAAAGGGAGAAUGUACUAAAGGGUACGAGGUUUCUGUUUGGGUUUAUGGUUGUCCAACUCUGAAUUUACUAAAAUAUACUGAACUGUAAAAUGUAAAUAGGUGGAUUAUGUGGUGUGAGGAUUACAUCUCAAAGCUGUUUCUAAAAAUUGACUGUUGGGUUUAGCAGAGGGAAGAGAUCACUGCUGACCUUGAGCAAAGCAGUUUUGGUGGGGUGACUGCAGCACUGCCUCGUUGGAAGGGUUCAGAGAGAAGAAGAGGAAGGAGAAAAAGGCGACAACGGCUAGAGAGAGGACAGAAACACUUCUAAGAAAGGGGAAUAAAGUCAUGUUUGUGUUGUUUGCUGUUAGGAACGAUCCAAUGGAAAAGCAAAGAUUGAUGGUGCAAGGCGAAGAAAAGAAUGACAAGGUCCUCGGGUCUGUCUCCCUGACACCUGUGAAGUCUUCAAGGGCAAGAGCAGGGGCUGACUUGGAAUCACACCACCAGAAAAAAAGAGCAGGGCAAGUGGAUAGAACAGGGCACGUGAAUACACAGCAAGGUAGGAAGACAGAAAUGGGAGCUUGGGGCAGUUAUAAGUGCUUUGGUUUAUUUAUCGGGAGGAUGGUGACUGGUUGAGUGAAGAAAGCAGAUAAUUGGGGAAAUACAGUUUAAUUAACGGACAGUCCUGACACCCACCUGAGACUUGUGGUCCCGAGUUUAAAGUGAGAACAGUCGCGAUUGCAUUUUUUCAGUCACAUCUGGCGAAGCAGGCGCGCACAUAGCAUGUAGAACGUCGGUCUAACCCAGGCCAGGACUACACACAGCUGUGUUCAUGAGAAGAAACAGAACAUGGGACACAGUUUAUAUUGCUGAACACCAAUAUGCCACUUUAUUAUUUGGACUUUUUUUUUCCCAUUUGUCACAUACCUGUCAAUGUUUAUACAAUGAGGAAAAUCAACCAGCAGUGGAAGCAACCAGCCAAAAUCAGCUGAUCAUUCUGUACCCUCUUAACACACAUCGAUCCUAACUUGGAAGGGACAUCUUUAAUUUGAUUCAGUCUCACGGCUAUUCUUAAAAUCGGUGUCAAGAUUGUCACAACUUUAAAUACAGAUAGAACUGCCAGAAGUACAUAAUUUUAUAUAUAUAUAUAAUGUAUAUAUAUAUAUACACACACAUACAGAAAAAUACAAGACUAAUUGUUUUUCCACAAUAUUUAAUUUACACACUACUGUAACUCUAACUUCUGAAGACAGGUUAAGGGGCACAAGAAACUGUUUAGAGCAAGUAAGUCGUUUGGUCCAAUAUUAUCUUAACGUAAUGGUUAUUUGCUCCCUCCCUUUUAUGUGACGACAUACUGUGACAUACAACACAUGCACAAUCAUUCACUGAUGAACAAAGGAGUAAGACGCCACUCAGACUAACAUCUGUCUACCCAGAGGGUCAACCAACCACACACGACUAAUAAGGCUAUGAUACAGCUAUGCAGCGUAAAUGGUCAACACUGCUGAUCCUAGAAGUGAGCACCAUAUAUACAUCUGAAUAUAAAAAACGAUUGAAAACCAAACACACAUGGGUUAGUUAAAAGGUGCCAUUCUAAGGCUAUACAUAAUCACAGGAAAAAGUAUUUACAUUACUUGGAAAACAGCUGCAACAAAGAGUUUAUUGCCAAUGCCCUUUAUAAACUUCUUUCCUACGUUUAAUACAGAUGUUACGCUCACUAUCUAUGUGAACCACACAUCUUAUUUCUGGCCCUUUGUAAGAUCCCUGCUCAAGAAAUUUCAAGCAAAUAUGUUCUAUGGCUUCACCCACACGUCUAUUCUCAUAGCUUUCAAUUAUAAAUAUCACAAUGAACUAGAGCUGUAGCUUAAACGUUAUCUAGUCUAGGUCUAGAAAGUAAAAUAGGUAUUUUGAGUAUCAUCUUUACUUAGGUUAAUAAGCAUACUGUGAAAUUCAGAGUUCUGAGUAAAAUACAUGAAUCCUAAAGUAGCAGAGUCGGUGUACACUUGGAGAAACCGUGACCAAUGGAAUGCGGUCCUUCACGGCUCUGUCCACUCUACAGACCAGACGACCGUCAUUCAGACAGGACGGGACGCUGGGGAGCAUGAGAAAGCCAGAGGGACCGGCCACAUCCUAUAACCAAUGUCACUAAGCGUUGCUUUUAAGACCCUCUGGGCACAGCAAGAAAAAGUAGCAUCUGGCCCCUUCCCAAAAUGAUAACUGUGUCCUACAAGAUAAAAGCCACGAAAGAUGAUUAUCUGGUCAAGAGUAGUCUUGUACAGGAGUAGUUUUAAAGCAAGAGUUCUUUGAUUAUUGUUUUGGCAGGAAGGUAAGGUAAAAAACACUUCCAGCAAAAAACAAAAACAAAAAACAAAGCAGGCUUUGUGCAUUUUUGUUGGCCGUUUGUGUAUUUAACCUUUUAUGUAUACUUUUUAAUCAGCCAAUUUUCAUAGGUACUUGAGCUAAAGGACAUAAAAGAAUGGAAGUUAACAACAGACAACCUAAUUAUCAAGGUCCUAAAAAUCAAAUGCCAAUUUUUUUUUUUAAUGGGGUUUUGACUUUGCCAACACCUUUGCUUCCAUGUUAUUUAGGCCCUAGCAUUUCUUCUACCUACAUGGUUGUCCAGGAAGCCUGGGGUAUGCCCUCCUCAAGGGAAUUUACACCAAGCAUCCCUUUGUUCUGUUAGACAGACACACACUCUAGAAGUCGAGUUAAGACAUCUUCAGUUCACUUUAUCACCUUACAAAAUGAGAUUGUCUGCUUGUGACCACUACAGAGGAAGCUGCCUUAUAAAUCUAUGUACUUUAUCUCACCUAUUACAAAACAAGAACAUCUUUUUCAGUUAAAUUUUAACAGCCCAAACUGUUUCCACACUAUAGCUUAAGACAAACAGGUGCGGGUUAUGCUGAAAUCAUGGUUUUACGGUUGUCAGUGCAGACGCUCGCUGCACUCUGCUCUGCACAGGGCCUGCAGGCUGGGCUCCCCACGCUCGCGGGCCCCAGGCCUAUCGGCGUCACAAGGUUAUUGCUUUGGUUCUGUCUCAGACACCAGAGUGUGCCUCAGAGCACGGAGAUUCCAUGUCACUGAAGGUUGGGGCGGGAAUUUAGAUUUUUCACAAGGAAAAGCAUUUUCUCUAAGUUAAGUGCAGAACAUCAAAUUUCUAAGUGCUCCAUGGUUAUUAGGUUCCAAAUAUACAUUUUAAUUUAAUCCUGAUCAUCCACAUUAAAAUUAUAAAUGUAAAAAU